CCAGGAGGGGUAGGCCUACUCCUGGAAAGAUGUAACGGAACGUUAUACCCACUUCUCCAUGUAGCCGCUUGUUAUCUGCAGCGCCCUACCCCUCUCCCCGAGUACAAAACCGAGAUUUGGAAUAGGGGGUACACAUUCAGAGCUGAUUACAUGAAGAAAAAGGGAGAAGGAAACAGAGUGGAAUUGGCUCUUGAAUGAGAAUACGGAGCGGCGCUGUGCACUCAGUGAGACGGAGCUUGAAGACAGGAAAAUAAAUGAAAAGUGGGGUUGCAUUUGAAGCACAAAAUAAGGAGAAAGGGGGUGAGGAGAGAAGGCAGUUCGCUUCUUGUGACGACCUAAAAGGAUUACAAAUCCCCGUUAUUGGCGAGUUGACCAUCUAUCGGAGUGAAUUGAUGGUGUCGGUACAGGGUAGAACUCUAACGGACCGUGCCGAGGGGAGGAAUUUGAAUGCACUCGGCUGAAUCAUGCUGAGGCUGUGGAUAAUAACUUUGGCAAUCAGUUUCAACAAAGUGUGGACGGCCAGGUUCUCCCAGGAGCCUGCAGACCAGUCGGUGGUGCUGGGAGAGAGGGUGGUGCUGUCCUGUGUGGUGUUCAACUACACUGGCAUCGUGCAGUGGACCAAGGAUGGGCUGGCGUUGGGCGUUGGAGAGGGCCUCAGGGCCUGGCCAAGGUACCGUGUGCUGCGGGUGAUAGACAUCGGCCAGUACAACCUGGAGAUCUCCUCGGCAGACCUGUCUGAUGACUCCCUGUACGAGUGCCAGGCCACCGAGGCGGCCCUGAGAUCCCGCAGAGCCAAACUCACCGUCCUCAUCCCUCCAGACGAGCCGGUGGUGGAGGGAGCUCCAGAGAUCCUGCUGAUCGCCGGCACGCCCCACAACCUGAGCUGUGUGACCAGAGGAGCCAAGCCCCUCGCUGUCAUCGAGUGGCAGAGGGACGGGGUGGUCCUGGAGGGAGCACACAGCUCCACCGAAGUGCUCCCAGACAGGAAGAGGGUGACCACACGGAGCUAUCUCCCCCUCAUCCCCCAGGACACAGACACAGGCCGCAACUUCACCUGCGUGGCCACUAACAUGGCCGUGCCCCUGGGCAAACGCACAUCCAUCAUGCUCAACGUCCACCACCCCCCCACUGUAACAUUGUCCAUAGAGCCUCGCUCAGUCCUGGAGGGAGAGAGAGUCAUAUUCACCUGCCAGGCAUAUGCCAACCCCCCCAUCAUGGGAUACAGGUGGGCGAAGGGGGGUGUUCUCCUGGAGGGGGCCCGAGAGAGUGUGUUCAUGACCACGGCCGACCACUCCUUCUUCACUGAGCCUGUUUCCUGUCAGGUGUUCAACGCCGUGGGCAGCACUAACGUCAGCAUCCUGGUCGAUGUCCACUUCGGUCCUAUCCUAGUGGUGGAGCCCAGGCCAGUGACGGUGGACCUCGACUCUGACGUCACGCUCAACUGCAAGUGGUCAGGAAACCCCCCCCUGACCCUGACCUGGACCAAGAAGGGCUCCAGCAUGGUCCUCAGUAACAACAACCAGCUGUACCUGAAGUCAGUGAGCCAGGCAGAUGCAGGUCAAUAUGUGUGUAAGGCCAUCGUUCCCAGGAUAGGAGUGGGUGAGACAGAGGUCACUCUCACCGUCAAUGGUCCUCCCAUCAUCUCCAGUGAGUCUGUGCAGUACGCAGUGAGAGGGGAGAAAGGAGAGGUCAAGUGUUUUAUCGCCAGCACUCCCCCUCCUGAUAAGAUUGUGUGGGCGUGGAAGGAGAACGUGUGGGAGAAGGAGAAGGGGACACUGCUGGAGAGGUACACGGUGGAGCAGAGCAAGCCCCAGUCCCAAGGGGGCGCUGUCCUCUCCACCCUCACCAUCAACAACGUCAUGGAGUCCGACUUCCACUCCCCCUACAACUGUACGGCCUGGAACGCCUUCGGACCCGGCACCAUGAUCAUCACCCUGGAGGAGAACGAGAUGGUGCCUGUGGGGAUCAUCGCUGGAGGGACCGUGGGCUCCUCCAUCCUGCUGCUGCUCUUCCUGCUGGCCCUGGCUCUCUUCCUCUACCGCCAACGCAAAGGCAGUCGCCGUGGGGUCACGCUGGGUAAACCUGACAUCAAAGUAGAGACGGUCAACAAGGAGACCCAUAGUCUGGAGGAAGACUCCGCCAGCGUAUCCACGGCAACGCGCAUGGUUAAAGCCAUGUACUCUCCCUUCAAAGACGACAUGGACCUGAAGCAGGACUUGCGAAGCGAAGCGUUGGACACACGCGAAGAGUACGAGCUCAAGGAUCCCACCAAUGGCUACUACAAUGUGCGUGCCACCACCCACGACGAGGCCCGCCCCCAGUCCCGUGCCAUCCUCUACCAGGGGGAGUUCCGCUCCCCCAACCUGGGUGGGGGGCUGGCCGGCGCCGCCUCCAGCGGGCCUGCAGGGGGUGCCAGCGGGGCAGUGCCCCCCAGCGGAGUGCCAGGUUCACGGGCAGGCUGCUAUGACCCCCGGCCCCCCUCCAGGAUGUCCCAUGCCAGCUACGCGCAGUUCAACACCUUCACCAGGGCAGCCCAGAGCCAACAGGCCCCGCCCAAUCCCGUUCCGCAGACCGGAGACUUCCCCGGAGACUGCGGCCUAUUGGAUGCUAGCACUCAGCUGGCCUAUGACAACUAUGGCUAUCCUGCCCAGUACCCCACCUACCGAAUGGGCUUCGCCCCGCCCUUGGAGGGAGGGCCAGCCUAUGAGAUGUACCCGACGGGACAAGGGGUAGGACCCGGCCCGGGGGCAGGGCCGGGGCCGGGGCCAGGACCAGGACCAGGACCAGGACCAGGACCAGGACCAGGACCAGGACCAGGACCAGGACCAGGGUCUGGAGCUGGGGCUGGGGCUGGGGCUGGGGCUGGACCAGAGCCUGGGCUCGGGAAGUACGGAAGCUCCACUCGUUUUUCCUACUCCUCCCCUCCCUCUGACACCCACAGACACACACAGAGGAUGCAAACUCAUGUGUGAGACACUCAGUAGAGCAGUGGUCGCACACACACACACACACACACACACACACACACAGUUAUGUACACACCUACACACACAAUGACUUACAAUAUAACAACAAACACAAAAUCCAUACAUGCAUUCAUAUCUGAGCCCUCCCAUAACCCUAUACAGCAUAUCUAUCCUUUUUUAUAUAACGCUAUACACCGUUUCUCUAUCUAAUAUACAGGGCACUCACACACAGUUUCUCUCAAACUUUGUAUUAUGGGCUGUUUUGCUGCAGGAGCAGUGACAGCCAGUCCAGACAGGAGAGACACAAAGUCUAGAAGUACCUUUCCACAAGAAGAGAUGGAGGAUGAAUAGGGAUGAAAGAAUGCACCCUGCAACAUUUCAUCCCUUUCUUCCUCCUCUCGCUGUGUGACUCCGUCUAGCUUGCCUCUCAUUCACAUUGUUGUAAAUAAACCCAGCUGAAGAUUAGGUUUGGUAACCGUUUGAAUAAUUAGCCUGUAUAAACGUUAUAUAAUGAUCUAAAGAAGUGAUCCCAAUGGUGCACACUGACACAUGUUCCCACACGAUGACAAAGUCUUGCAUCUUUAUACACACACAGACACACACACACACACAGAGACGUUCUUGCGAUUUUGCAGCAUCACAGCAAGGUGACGUCUCGUGCUUUGGAAGUGCGGCACUUUUUACCACUGCCCCCUCCCAGUUUGAUGACAAACUGGUAUCGUUACUGGCAUGACAGAGGAGUGCCACCCUGGAUCACAGAGGGAGAUGUUAUGGUGGCCUUCGAACAACGUCAGAGAUUGACUAGAGGCAACAUGAUGUGUGGAGCGGGUGCCAAACACGGAAGCUUUCAUCAUACUCCAAGAUAACUGACUACAAACAAAGAAGUGACAUUUCUUUUGUUACAUGCCACUUGUACUCAAGAGACAAAGCUGUAGCAAGUUCCUCUAUCUCCUUCCUCGUUUUUUAUACUCCGUGAGGUUGCAUUUCUGUAUGCGUAUUUCACCUGAGGUCGAUCUGUACGUUUGAAGAAAGCAAAUUCAGCAUUUGAUGAAUCUUUGCAAUUUGUAUGAAUAUCCUCCCAAUCCUCCCAAUAUUGACGUGCUCCUCGUUCCCCAGCACAGUAGAAUAGGACCUUUUUCCAUGUUUAUAUCGAAAGCUGAAAAAAGGCAUUUACAAACAUUUUGUAAUAUUUUUAUAAGGAGUUGUGGACCAAAGGUUCUGAGACAUGUUCGAGUGACAUUCACUUUUUAAAUCGAUGUUCAGAGGAUUCUGUGUUGAGGCUGUGUUGUGUGGAGUUGGGGAGGACAGGGGGGGUGGGGGUUACGACGUCAUCAACUGAACGAUUGAUUUGCUGAGUCACCUAAGAGAUUCAAAAACCUUAGUCUGCUAAGUCACCAGAUGGCGAACGGCAAGCUCAGUAAAUGGCAUCCUACUCUGUGCACUUGUGGUUAUGACCCUUAUUAAACCUGGCUUUUGCAUAAAGGGUUUGUCAAAAAUACGAGGGGUCUUUCGGAUGUGGACUUUGUUCAUCAAGGCUUGAAGUCUAACCAUAUUACUCUGAGGAAGUAGAUCGGAAAAGGGACUUAGAGAAUGGGGUGAACUCAGACCAUGUCAUCAAUGUAUCUUCAGCAUAUAGGAUGUUGACAAUCAUCAGCUGAUUUGACAUUGAAUUGUCCUAUCUUGACUGUUCAGAGAAGAUUGUGGGUCGUCAUGGAUGGAGGGAGGUCGAACAGGGACCAGUACUUGGAGAAAACAGGUACAUGGACAAAGGGUCAAAUAAUGGUGGUGGUGGUGGUGAGGUUCCUGCAUCGGGCCAGCCCCUAGAGGCAACCCUAGACACAAGCUGACAAACUGAGCAUACUGCUCGUGUGAGGUGUAGCCCUGCCUGACAGUAAUAAACCCAGACAUCAACCCCGGAGCUUGAGGGGGGAUUCUUCUUCUGGCUAGGAAGGUGGAUGUUAACGUCCCUAAUGCGGUACCUCAGCUGUUCAGCUGCAGCUCAGUCGAAGAUCUGUGGUCUUCGAGCCCAGGGUCUAGGGUCUGUAGCUCUAUUUGGGACGAGGCUGCAUCCACAGAAGGCGAUGAGCCGAGAGAAAGGAAUCCCAAACCACACUUUAUACCUCCUCCUCCUCUAGGUCACCUUCUCUAGGUCUUCUUUAGUAGCUUUUGAUACAGUUAUCUUACCUAUAGUUAAAUAGGAGUAGAUUAGAUAUAUAGCUGUACAUAUAUAGACGUGUGUGUGUCCAGGUGACUGGGGGAAGGAUGCAAUCUUCUGUUUCGAAUCAUUAUAAUAGCUUCAUAAGCGCAUUCCAAUCAUGUUCAUCGUCCAUUGGAUUUUAUAAAUGCCUUUCCUUUACGAAAAAAUCUGUGUGCUUCUUGUCAUGUUAUGUUUAUUGUAAAACAUCAUGGUUUGACGUCAACGAUCAAAGAAUGAAAGGAUAUGUUCAAACGUAUUUAUUUUUGUUCUUUUGUGAAUGGGGCUAUCAUAGAAAAGGCAGAAUGGUAAAUAUGUGUUUGUGGCCAAAAGGACUGCAUACCCCAGUCAUAAGUGAGCGAGACUGCCCAGACUAAACCCAGGCCAAGCCCUGCCCAGGUUCAGCUGAAUGGGGACACCAGGCAGGCGUUCUGAUCGGUCCUGUGGUGUGCUAUCUGUGACCACGACUGUCAGAUGUGGUUUACAGUAGUGUUUUGAAUCUCAUGUGGGUGCCAAAAGACUGUGCAAAAAACAUAAGCAGACAAACAAAUGCAGCAGACAUUUGUGUGUACAGUUUGUGUGUAUGUGUGUGGAUGCUUGUGAAUGUGCAUGUGUAUUGAUGACCUCGAGUGUUGUGAAAGUGCGUGUGCGACGUGCGUGGUCGUAGGGUCGCUGGGGCUCUAUAAAUGGAAGCAAGGGACAGAUGGAGAGACAGAGUAAUGGAGACAUCAUGAGGCCUUAGGACACGAAGACACUAAUGUUGCAUGCAGCUGCUGAGUGGGUGACGCUCACUAACUAACUGCUUCGGGAACCGCCAUGAUUCUGGAAUUUGUUCCUGCUCGUUGUAGUGACAAUUCUGAUCAGUGCUAUGAAGGAUUUUAUAUCAUCUUUGCACUUAAAAAAAAAAUGAGUGUGUGUGUGUGUGUGUGUGUAUGGGUAUUUCCUCCAUUUCAUUCCUGUCACAAUCAAGUUUUUUAUUAUUUGUUAAAAUAGGACUAUAAUAGGAUUAUAUCCUGUGUUAUUGUUGUUAUUGGUUUCACAUUCAGUAUUUGUUUCUCUGUAUAACUAAGAAAAAAGUUACAAAAACAAACAUUUGAUUAAAUUCUUCUUUUUAUUCUUCUUUUAUUUCUGUAUUUGUUUUAUUUGGUAUUUUUUUAAAUUGUAUGUAAUUAUUUUUCCACAGUAUUACAGAAAAUAAAGAAAUGACACAGAUUUCAUAAGAUCAAUGACAAUGAGACAAUGACUG